ACUCCUGGUAGAGUCCUGGUAGAGUCAUGUCGGGCGCAGGUUACGCCGGGCGGCACCCCAGCUCAGGCGGCACGCCAGCGCCAGAACAGCCGCGGAGAUCUCGCUAUGACUACGAGAACUUCAGCCAGUUCCGGGGCCGCUGCGGCGUUCUGAACGAGCCGAUCUUCGCCGCAGUCCCCCCUCGGAGGAAGCCGGGCCUGCCCCCGAGCAGGCAGCGCGGCGGAGCGGCGGAGAUAGCCGACCGGGGCAGACCGUCUGAGACCAAGGACACCGAGCCAGUGUACGGCUCCAUACCCGACACAGCCAGCUGCAAUCCCAGCGGUGCCCGCCAGGUGCCGCGGCGGGACAGUCUCGGGCUGUACAAGAACCAGAUGUACGCCGCCUCCGGCCCGCCUGAUUGCCGACUGCAUCUGGGGGACGAACCCUGCGACACCGACACAGAUACAGGACCGGACCCAGAGAACGCCCCUCCCCCGCCCCAGUCCCCGGCACCCCCGGCCUGGGUGACGCAGCGCGUCUUCUGGCUGGCCCAGCUGGCCGUGGGUGCUGCGGUCCUGAUGCUGCUCAUUCCUCUUCUAAUCACCAUGGCAACAGGCGGGACCUGUCAGGCGUGCGAAACGAAGGAACUGCGCGAUCAGCUGCAGUCCCUACAGAUUCGGGUAGGGGACGUUGCGAUCAUGGUGCUUAACAUGAAGGAGAAGUACGGUAAACCGGAAGCGCCACCAGCUGAAUCUCAGCACGUCCCGGUCUCGGGGCUGACCGCGACUGACUCCACCGCAACCCACCGGACUGAUCGGCGGGGCCCGCCGGCGGAGGGUCGGCUCCAGCCCGAGGUCCUUCCCGAUCCAGCCCGGGUCAAGGAGCCGCUGCAGAAGCUUGCAGAGGAGGCACAUGAUGUGGUCAGGGACACCGACCCGGUGAGGACCGUCCACUCCGCCCUGGUGCCGGGUCCUACCGCCGACACACCGGAACCGCCCCUGAUCCCCGCCGCCGUGCAGGAAAACCGACCGGGACUGCCGGUAAAAUGCUUCACUAGAAACUCUCCAUCGAUGAUUCAGACCGCAGGACCUUCUUGA